AGUCGAUGAUGGAAAACCACGUGGCUACAUUAUUUGCACCCUACCUCUCGAACGAAUCGUAUAAAAAGGUGAGAACUACCUUUGCUGAGUACUCAUUCCUACACCAUGGCUUGCAACAUGAACAUUGCGUCUCAUCUCCACCUUCCUUUGGUGGUUGCCCUGAUGCUAAUCACAAUCAACAGGUGGGGGGAGGCUGGUGUGGCAGCAGAUGUAAAGGACGCCAACGGAACGAUUGCUCGCAACACAAAUCCUAACGCAAACAAUGACGGACUUAGAGAAGAACAAUUGGACCCCCGCAUUAUUGGUGGAUAUUCUACUGGUAGUUAUAGUGGAUACGACACUGGCGUUACGUCGAGGCCUUAUCCCAACUACGGUUCGGUGACUGCUGGCCCUUACGGCGCAUCGUACGGAUCUGCAAGUUAUGGCGUCACACCUGCUACGUAUGGUGCGUCGUACGGUGGACCUUAUGGCAACACAGGUCAUUCUUACGGUGGAUCAUCUUACGGUGUGAAUCCACUUCCAACUUACGGCAGCAUGGCUAACCCAACAUACGGAGCCGGAUCUUCUUAUGGUGUUCCUCCUGCUUACGGAAACAAUAUAGGCUCUUCGUAUGACGGUUAUGCAAUGACACAUCCCUACUCUUCUUACGGCAAUAACAUGAACACGAUUGGAUCUUCUUACGGGAACACUGGAGCGAACUACGGAGCUGGGAGCUAUGCAGGUAAUGCUGGAUCUUAUGGUGGAUUUGGGAACAGUUACGGCGUUACUCCGUAUUCAUCUCUUGCUGGCGGCAUGGGUGCAUCUUCGUAUGGUGGGAACUAUGGUGGAGGAUCUUAUGGAAACGGUAACAUGUACGGUGGAAUGAUGAAUGCGGCAUACGGAAUGGGAUUAGCAUCUAAUUCGUAUUCCAAUAUUGGUGCUGGAUACAAUGCCAACAGAAAUCCCUUCUAUUGAUAACAUAUUCUGAUUUCCUGUCACCACGAUACAUGGCACAUAAGGUCGUUUUUUUUCUUUUCCAUGAUUGAUUUUAUGGACAUAGUUGUGAAUAGACGUGGCGUUUGAACAA